UUAUGUAGAUCAUCAUACAGGGGCGAUAGUCUAUGCACUUCUCAAGGCGGAUUUAAUGUCUCGCGGUGCAUGGCCUUCGCUUCCAUCGUGUGACAUCGGCGAGCCUCUCAACCACUUUUGAGAUGUUUCUGGGUUACUUCACAGCAGCCCUGUCCUUGGCGACAUUGGGAGCUGCAUUCCCACGCGUCCAUGGCGACUCACAUGUGCAUCGCAGACAAGCAGGAAACGACACCGACUACGAAUAUGUGAUUGUUGGGUCCGGACCAGGAGGAGGUCCCCUUGCAGCACGCCUGGCCAUUGCAGGACACCGGGUUCUACUAAUCGAAGCUGGAGGUGACUUUGGAGACAACGUGAACCAGACCGUGCCAGCCCGGAACCUCCAAUCAGGUGAAGAUCCAAACAUCAAAUGGGACUACUAUGUUACCCAUUACAAAGAUGUCGAGCGUCAAAAGAAGGAUAUCAAGAUGACGUACCGCCUGAGCGAUGGCAGCUUCUACCACGGACUCUACCCUCCAGAGGGGGCCGAGCCACUCGGAAUCCUCUAUCCUCGUGCCAGCGCUUUGGGCGGCUGUGCUGAACACAAUGCGGUCGUUACCACCUACCCCCACAAGAGCGACUGGACCUAUCUCCAGACAUUGACCGGAGACGACUCCUGGGCGCCAGAGAAGAUGCGGGAAUACUUCAAGAAGCUCGAGCAUGCACAGUACCCAGUUGGUCCUGGCCACGGAAAAGACGGCUGGUUCCACACCAGUCUCACGGAGUUGACUUUGGUCGCCGCGGACUUCAAAGUCCUCUCGAUUGUCCUUUCAGCCGCUUCGGCACUUGGCAAGUCGGACCUCAUCAGCACCGUCUUGAACACUGUCACUGGCCUUGCCAACGUCCUUCUCACCGAUCUCAAUGCCGACACUCCCGACCGUGACCAGCAGGAAGACCUGUUCCAGAUUCCCCAAGGCAUCGAUGCUGGCAGCUCCACUCGUAGUACUCCUCGCAAGUUGAUCUUGGACACGGCAAACGCUGUCAACGAGGAUGGCUCUCGCAAGUACGUGCUCGACAUCAAGCUCAACACUCUCGCGACGAAGGUCCGCUUCGACAACAGCACCAAGCCUCGCGCGAUUGGUGUCGAAUACCUCGAGGGCAAACAGCUCUAUGGCGCAAGCGCCUACCCCACGAGUGGUGGUAGACCUGGAUACGUCGCUGCAGGCAAGGAAGUCAUCAUUGCUGGCGGUACCUUCAACACCCCACAGCUGCUCAAGCUCAGUGGUGUCGGGCCUCGAGAAGAGCUUGAGAGGUUCGGGAUCCCAGUCGUUCACGACUUGCCAGGAGUGGGCACCAACAUGCAAGAUCGUUACGAGAUUGCCAUUGUCGGGCAGGCAGAGACCAAACUCUCAAUCUCCAAGGACUGCACUUUUGGAUACGAAAGUACCGACCCAUGCUUGGACCGCUGGCAAGAGGGCAACAGCGCUUUCGCACGAGGCCCAUACGCCACUGGCGGUGUGGCUGUCGGUGUGACCAAGAAGUCAUCUGGUGCGAGCGAAGACGAGGAUCCAGAUCUCUUCAUCAUCGGAGCGCCCGGUCUCUUUGGAGGAUACUACCCAGGUUUCGCGUACGACGCAGUUCGUCCAGGCAAUAUCUGGAGCUGGCUCGCUCUCAAAGCCCACUCCCACAACAAUGCGGGCACAGUCACUCUGCGCUCUGCUGACCCGCAUGACGUUCCGCAGAUCGACUUCAACUCUUUCGACACCGGAAACACCACUGACGGAGGUGAUGAGAAGGAUCUGCAAGCCGCCACAGAAGGACUCAUGUUCGGACGGGAGGCGUUCGACAAGCUCAUCCCCUUGGACGGCACCUUCACCGAAAUUCAGCCAGGCCGGAAUGUGACUGGGGAGGACGGACUCAAGGAAUGGGCAAGGGACAAUGCCUGGGGUCACCAUGCCUGUUGCUCCGCUGCAAUUGGUGCGGAUGGCGAUCCGAUGGCCGUUCUAGACACCAACUUCCGUGUUCGUGGCGUCGAUGGGUUGAGAGUCGUGGACGCAUCAGCGUUUCCAAAGAUUCCAGGAACGUUCAUCGCCUUGCCAAUCUACAUGAUCAGCGAGAAGGCGGCCGAUGUGAUCAUCAAUGGUGACUAGUUGUGAGCUAGACGCGUUGCUGUUAUUGAUGCGGAGAGAGCCCGGUAAAUGGGAGAUUGUAGCACCAGAAAAGCAUCUUAGAUAUUGUGUAUUCUUAGUGGCGGACUUCGCAACAUUGCUCAUGUAUACAGGUUGGCGAAAAUUCGUGCAGAGGAAGACUCCUCAUCGUUGAGUUUUGGAUCAGGAGUCGGAUUCUCCAUGAUCACUCAUCAGCUAGGGUCAUCGC